GUAAUGACUAAUGUAAAGUUGGAAUGCUGGGUUGAUUCAACUCAAGUUGGAUGAAAUAUGAACAAACCAAAAUGUUGGUUUAAUUCAACCUAGAAUGUUCAUAUUUUACCCAACACACCUUUGACAAAGGGUUCUUUGGAGAAGCAAAAAUGUUUUUUAUAGGAUCUUUCAGAAAAAAAAUUCUUAAGACUGAACCAUGGGUUGAAACAAGCCAGCAUGUUUUUAAUACAUUAAACUAAUGGUGAAAUGCUUGUUAUUUAUUUUACAUUUUAUAAUUGGCUGAAAAGUGAAUUAUGUGUUAUCAAUAAAAAUCUAAUAUACUUUUAUCUUUUUUGAAACCAAGGCAUUUAUGGUAUGGGGCUAUUCUGCUGAUCAAUUGAAAAGCCUUGCUGAUAGCAGUUCACCGUAUUCAAGGCAAUUGACUGAGCAGGAUGUCCAAAAAGCUCUGAGUGCCCAGUACAGGUCCACAUACAGGGUAGAUUUUCUUGGACUACCCCAAGGGAUUAUAAAGAACCGUAUAAUCCAUGCACCUUCAAUCCGUAGUCAUCAUUACGAUACCCAGACCGAAAUGAGACACAACUAUCGCCAACCUAUACUGAAACCUGAGCUAUUGGGGAACAAUUCUCGCUAUGGAUGUAACAAGCUGCAUGGUGUUGCAGUGAGGGGUAUUGUCCCCACAGUAGUUCACAGUGACAUCAAUAACCAAAGAAUCUGUAAACAGCAGACCACCUACAAUAAACAUUUUGGAAGCCAACAUGCAGAUGUCUCAGUGCUUAAUUCAAAACAGUUUUGUAAGCAUCCUGCAGAUGUGAAAACAUUGGUGCACAUAGCCAGCCCCUCUACUCAUGACUGGAGGGUGAAAAAAACGGAAAUACUCCCACAAGCCCUUCACACACUAGAAAGGAUGUCAGCAUGGCCUGGGCCUUUAUAAAGAUCACACUUAUAACCAUGAAAAGCUAGAUUAUUGGGUGUGUACAGGUGAUACUUUAUUUUAUGUGGCCCUCGGCUCUUAAAUUGGUCAAAUCAUGUUAUGCUUUAAGUUUAAUAAUGUAAGUCUUCACUAUAUCUUUAAAGGUCAGUAUGAGUAUUGGUUUUCAUUAAGGAGAUGCUAAAACUACUGUUUUUAUGAACUGUAUUAGAUGCAAACAUGUGGUGUACUUAAUAAAGCG